AAACAUGGCUGUUUAGCGAAAGGGAGCUGCCGAAUAACAACAAUGCAAUUAUUUUGUACUAUAAAAGAACUGUAGUCAGUCAAGAAUUUAUCGAACAUUUAUUUUCAUCUUCACGGUAGACAAUGAAGCUGCGUGUCCAGCUGCAGUGUAAGAAUUUGCAUGAAUACCUGAGAGAGCUGAGUCCUGAGAUUUUGGACAGACUGUACAACCAUCCAGCAACAUGUCUGGCUGUCUACAGGGAGCUCCCCUCUCUGGCCAAGAAUUAUGCGAUGCGCAUGCUGUUCCUGGAUCAGCCUCUCCCCCAGGCAGCAGUGGCAUUGUGGGUGAAAAAAGACAGUCAGAAGGAUCAUGAUGAAUGUGUCUCAGUGUUGGCAGGACUCCGCCUUUGGCACAGCCAGCAGCUGCAGGGAGGUCUGCAGGGAUACAUUUUAAAUCCAGUGUUCAAAGACAACCUGAGGAUAGCUCUGCUCGGCGGGGGAAGAGCGUGGGCAGAUGAGGGCAGCACUUUGGGUCCAGACCGACAUGCACGGGACAUUGAGAGUCUUGACCGCUAUGCUAUGGAGCGCUGGGAAGUCAUCCUGCAUUUCAUGGUUGGUUCUCCCUGUGCUGCUGUCAGUCAGGACCUGGCUCAGCUACUGGUUCAAGCAGGCCUCAUGAAAAGUGAGGCAGGAGAGGCGCCUUACAUCACUUCAGCUGGUUUCCAGUUCCUCUUACUGGACACAGCUUCUCAACUGUGGUACUUCACCCUGCAGUACCUCAAAACAGCUCAGUCCAGAGGGAUGGACCUGGUGGAGAUCCUGUCAUUCUUAUUCCAGCUCAGUUUCUCUACUCUCGGCAGAGAUUACUCAGUGGAGGGCAUGAGUGAGUCAUUACUCACCUUCCUGCAGCACCUGCGGGAGUUUGGACUGGUCUUCCAGAGGAAGAGGAAGUCUAGACGGUACUACCCCACCAGACUGGCCAUCACUCUGGCUGCAGGAGUGACUACCAGCUCCUCCUCCUCCUCCUCCUCCUCUAACUUGGCUUCCACUCCUGGUACUGGAACUGCAGGCUUCAUUGUGGUAGAAACCAAUUAUCGUAUCUACGCCUACACAAACUCAGAACUUCAGAUCGCCCUGGUGGCUCUCUUCAGUGAAAUGUUGUAUCGCUUCCCCAAUGUGGUUGUGGCUCAGGUUACAAGGGAGUCAGUGCAACAGGCCAUUGCCAAUGGCAUCACUGCACAACAGAUUAUCCACUUUCUAAGGACCAGAGCUCACCCUGUCAUGCUCAAACAGACCCCAAUCCUGCCUCCAACCAUAACAGAUCAGAUCAGACUGUGGGAGCUAGAGAGAGAUCGACUGCAGUUCACAGAGGGAGUGCUCUAUAACCAGUUCCUCUCCCAGGCGGACUUUGAGGUGCUGCGAGACAGAGCUCAGGGCCUGGGCUGUCUGGUGUGGCAAGACGUUGCUCACAGGGUGAUGGUGGUGACACCGCAGGGACACAGCGAGGUCAAGAGGUUCUGGAAACAACAGAAGUCUCACAUGUGACUGGAGGAAGACAAACAAGGUGCAUUCAUAUCCUACCCGAUGACAGUUAUUCCUGUGGUGCUGGUGGAUUUUCUUGCUGCCACAGUUGUUCAUUGUUGUCAGUACUGUAAGAAAGUGGAGAUGAUUUAAUUAUUUUGUAUGUUUUAUAAAAUGUUGACCUCCAUGUAUUUGGAUUAAAUGGUAA